AUGCUCUGACACAAAGAAACAAGACCAAUAUAACUCUCAUCUUGUAGAGACAAACACACUCACUCAUUGAGUUUGAGUUCACUUGUUUCUCAAAAAAUAAUUAAGAUGGCAAGAACUCCUUCUUGUGACAAAAAAAGUGGAAUGAGGAAAGGAACAUGGACUGCUGAAGAAGAUAGGAAAUUAAUUGCUUAUGUCACCAGAUACGGUUGCUGGAAUUGGCGCCAACUACCAAAGUUUGCAGGUCUUUCAAGGUGUGGGAAGAGUUGUAGAUUGAGGUGGCUGAAUUAUUUAAGACCUAAUAUCAAAAGAGGAAACUUCACUCAAGAAGAAGAGGAGUUGAUUAUCCGAAUGCAUAAAAAGCUUGGCAAUAGAUGGUCAACCAUUGCGGCCGAGUUACCUGGAAGAACAGAUAAUGAAGUGAAGAACCACUGGCACACUUCCCUCAAGAAGAGAGCUAUAGAUAACAUUGUCACAAAUGAAGAAACCAAAUCCACACAAGGGAGAUGUGUAUCCAAUUACCAAAUUACCCUUCCAGCUAACUCCCAAAUCUCAGACACCAAUGGCCCUUUAUCCCCAUUUUCAUCAUCUAGUGAAUUAUCUUCCACAUCUUCAGAUCACAAUUCCACUGCUUUGGAUGAUUUUGGGUUUCUGGAUUCAUUUAUAGAAGAUGUGGAUGAAAGUUUUUGGCUUCAUAAUCUUUCCAACAAACCAAGUGGAAUAGUGCAAAACCAUACUACUGAAAGUUUUGUUAUGGAUAAUGAUUUUGGAAGCUUUUUAGAUGCUUACAACGAGUCAACAGUGGAUAGUUUUUGGACACAACCAUAUGAAGUUGACAUGUCCCACGUUCCAACUGAACUACUGAUACCUUUGUCGAUGGAAUCUGAAAAUUUUUCUAUAGUAUAUGACAAGGAUAUUUGGAGUUGAAAUAACUUGUAACAUAAUAUAUUAGACUUUUUUAGUUAAUAAAAUUUAACGCAUACUCCUUGUGUGAACAGUUAUAUUUGCAUUACAGUUUGAUCUAAAUAUCAAUUUGGGGACUCAGAAGAAUCCAAUGCUUUUAA